UUUUCACUGCAGCGGUUGCGCAUGCGCUGUCGAGAGCGCCCAGGGUAGUGAGUCUCUUGACGCUUGAGAGCGGGCGAGCUGGGUUGAGGUGGCGGUGAGGGCGGCUGCUGCCAUGUGGUUCUCUGUUCGUUUUCGGACUGCCUUUCCGCGCUUGAUGACAAAUCUUCGCUGCCUUCAUACAUCAGCAGAAUGCAGAAGUAGUGAUGGAACUCUGUUUGUGCACAGAGAUACUCCUGAAAACAAUCCAAGUACCCCAUUUGAUUUCACUCCUGAAAAUUAUAAGAGGAUAGAUGUAAUAGUAAACAACUACCCAGAAGGACAUAAAUCUUCGGCAGUAAUCCCAGUCCUGGAUUUAGCUCAAAGACAACAUGGAUGGUUACCUAUAUCGGCUAUGAAUAAGGUUGCUGACAUUCUACAAAUGCCUCCUAUGAGAGUUUAUGAAGUAGCAACAUUUUAUACAAUGUUUAAUCGUAAGCCUGUUGGGAAAUAUCAUAUUCAAAUCUGCACUACCACACCUUGCAUGCUUCGAGAUUCAGAUAGUAUAUUAGAAGCCAUUCAGAAGAAGCUUGGUAUAAAAGUUGGGGAAACUACAUCUGAUAAACUUUUCACUGUAACUGAAGUUGAAUGCUUGGGAGCCUGUGUAAAUGCACCAAUGGUACAAAUAAAUGACAACUAUUAUGAAGAUCUGACAACAAAUGACAUUGAAAACAUAAUUGAUGAAUUGAAAGCUGGAAAUAUUCCAAAACCUGGACCAAGAAGUGGACGUUUCUCUUGUGAGCCUUCUGGUAGUCUGACUUCUCUGACAGAACCACCCAAAGGACCUGGUUUUGGAGUUCGGUCAGAUCUUUAAAACUAUUGUUCUAAGUGUAAAAAUCAUUGAAAAAAUAAAUUCUAAAAUAUGGACAAUGGAAA